AUGAGGGAGUACAAAGUCGUGGUCCUGGGAUCUGGGGGAGUCGGGAAAUCCGCGCUCACCGUCCAGUUUGUGACCGGUUCUUUCAUCGAAAAGUACGACCCCACGAUAGAGGAUUUUUACAGGAAAGAGAUCGAGGUGGACUCUUCUCCCUCCGUGCUGGAGAUCCUAGAUACGGCAGGGACAGAGCAGUUCGCCUCUAUGCGGGACUUGUACAUCAAAAACGGCCAGGGCUUCAUCUUAGUUUACAGCCUGGUUAAUCAACAGAGCUUCCAGGACAUCAAACCCAUGCGGGAUCAGAUUAUACGCGUGAAAAGAUACGAGAGAGUGCCCAUGAUCCUGGUUGGAAACAAAGUGGACUUGGAGGGGGAGAGGGAGGUGUCGUCCGGUGAGGGGAAGGCACUGGCGGACGAGUGGAAUUGCCCCUUCAUUGAAACUUCAGCCAAAAACAAGACCUCCGUAGAUGAACUGUUUGCUGAAAUUAGGGCGAGCAACCACAAAAUCUUGAUUAUAAGUGCAAUGUGUCUUGCACCAAGUGUGUACUGUUGA